CGUGAUUUUUUCUGUUGGAAAAUUUUCAAGGGAAAAUAUCCAAUGGGAAUGCGAGUUUGUCAACUUUCCCCUGUAGAUCGAACUGUCAAAACACGACGACGAUCUUUUACGCAAAUUCCCCCGUUUCUCUGCGCGAACAGUCUUUGGUAUAGCUCGAGCAGCCCGAGCAGCUAAUAAGACUUUGCUAGAAACUUUGAUCGCUGCGAUCUGCGAUCGUUUUACACGGUCGACAGUAAAAUUCGUGUUAUUUUAAUUAGCAACCAGAAAAAGCUGAAACAUGCGGUUAGUUGGAACGAGCGUCGAUGAUCAGAUGACUGUGGUGUCUCACGACGAUUUUUUGUAUUCCACGAACGACGAAGACAUCCGCACGGUUACUCUCGAAUUUGGGAAAAUCCCAGUCGACUCGACACUCGUCAAAUCUUUGAAAAUAACAAAUGGCACAUCCAACGAUGAAUCGUACGAGGUCCACAGAGACCCAACGACCAAUCCCUUGGACACCGUUUUCCAUUUCAACAAAUAUUCCUGGUCUCUCCUCCCAAAUGAAUCUGAAUUAGUUCAAGUUCGAUACACUCCACCAAUGCCGAAUGAAAGGAGUGUCGAUUACUUUGCACUUCUCAAUCGAGGAUGUACAAUUGUCAAGAUCAUCGCCAAAGGCACAUGUUUUGGUCCGAAAGUCUCCAUAGACAGCGAAACUUUGAUCAUGUGUUUAAUGAGUCAAAAUGAAAAGAGGCGCGUCAAAAUUGUCAAUGAAUCACAUGUGGAAGCUCGUUUCAUGUUCGACGUUGACCCCAUACAGAAUUCUUUCAAAAUUUAUCCCAUGGAAGGCCAGAUCGGUCCUGAAUCUCACAUCUACGUCGUCAUUACAUUCGAACCCAAAUACUUGGGAUAUCACGUUUGUUUGCUGCCAUGCUUGAUCCACCAUCAGGCUCCAAUUUUAAUUCGGGCAUACGGUUACCACGGAAAGGAGCGAAGGGAGAGGAGACGUUCCUCUAUUCCCACCCUCAUACAUCCCCAUGAAGAGAAGGAUGAUUUUAAGGUUUACAUGUCGGACAGCCGUCACAUUCGAAAGAUCGAAGCUUUGGAGCCCUGUCAACGAGAUCCAAUAUCUUUGUCCGAUGGCUGCAUUGACUUCGGGCGGUUCGACGUCAGCCCGACAAACUCAAUUGCCACUACUCGUACCACGUCUUUUACGAAUCACGCCUUCAGCGACAUGGUCUUUCAGUGGCAAGAAGACGUCCGUGGCGUUUUUAGUCUUUCGCCGAAUUACGCACGAGUCAAAGCCGGCGGGACUUGCUUGAUCGAAGUACGCUUCGAUCCUAAGGAAGAAAACACUCUUUACGAGAGAGAAGUUCAAGCUCUCGUUUUGUAUCUCGAGGACGAUAGUUCCCUACCAAUUUUUGACGUUUCCAUGAUCAUGUCCCUGCGUCUCAUAGGUUCAGACGCCAAAUAUUCAAACUUUUUCUCAACUCGUGAGCAUUCGAUCGUCUGAUCGGUCUGUUGAUCCCCAACAGGCCACACUUUUCCUGCUGAUACUUCAACGUGGAUUCCUCAGUACGAAAUCCCACGAAACAUUGUGAUGCCACCGUGCCUCCCCUCAAAUCCCAUUUACACGACCUUUGUCAUCAAAAAAUUUGGUCACUUGCCGAUAAUGUACCGCUUCAUUCCACCACCUGAAACGUCUUUCAGCCUAAAACCUUCUCAAGGCAUUAUCCGGAGAAAUUAUCAAGUGAUAGUCGUCGAGAUGUUUCCCAAAUGCCGGGAUAAGCUGCUCUACGAAAGAUGGGCGAUGAGACUGAACGGUAAUCCGAAUUACGAAACUUUCAUAGACUUUCGAGGCUUCGCCGAUUCACCCUGCCUCAACGUGGCCAACUUCUUUGUCCAAUUUUCAACGACGCAUCCCCAUUGCGAGAAUAUUCAACCGGUAUUGAUGCUGAAUUCAACUCGUCAUCACAUUAAUUACAAAUUCGUGGAUCUGCCUGAAGGAAUGAGCGUCGACGUUUCUGCCGGGAAAAUUUAUUCCAACGAGAUUUUAACGCUCAAUUGGAUAUUUUGCCCUUUCAACGAGGGAGAUUACCAGUUCGAGAUGUCGUGCUGCUAUUCUGCGGAGUCAACAUCACCGGAUGCUGAAAAUCGUACGAUUUAUAUGGAAAUGACUGCUGCAGGAAAAUGUGAGAAAGGAUAUCUCGUGGCGAUUCCUGGCGAAUUGAUAUUCGAGAAGCAAUCGUACGACGAGCCUCGACAACUUGCCUUCGAACUGAUGAAUCCUGGGCUCGCCGGGAUCCCUUAUUUGUUGAGUAUCCAGCACGAUAAUUGGCCGUACGAAGAAAAAAAUCCGCGGCAGCAAGUGACGUUAAAACCCGCUUCGGGCAACCUUUUACCAGGCCACAAAGAAACCAUCGAAGUAACUAUUAUUCCACGCGAACAAGGACAUCACGAAAUCGCUUUACGAUAUUUUAUUCGUAAAAAUGAUCAAACCGAUUGCCUCGUCUCGACGAACGAAUCCCAGGAGAUUUGCAGAUUGAAAUAUUUUUGUUACAUGCCUGUAAUCAAGAUUCAGGAUUUGCUGCACUAUCGAAUUGGCAACAACAUCAGUAAACAUGUUCUUUGGCAACUUUUGAACAUUACCAAAUUGAACGAAAUAAUGAAUGAUCUCGAGGCGGACGAAAGGCGAAAUCUGACGAUAAAAUUACCACCAAUGCUCAUGCAAAACUAUACGUCGAUCAUCAAAUUAUUCGUUACAAAUCCUACGGGCAGCGUCGUUGAUUGGUCGUUGAAGAGAAUGAAGAAUUGUUAUUGUUCGAGGAUCAGUGAAAAAGGCAGAUCAAUUUCGUAUUCACAGACGAACAAUUGUUCUCACGAGAAGUUGAUAAAUUUUACUCCGAAAUCUGGAACUCUGGAGGUUCAUCAAAAAAGUAUUAUCACGAUGGAAUUACGUUACGAAAUGUUGGGAAAGCAUGUGGCGAAAUGGGACUUAGAAAUGGGACACAAUCGACACGUUUGUCUCUCUGUAGAAAUGACUUGCCUAUCGGGACUCGAAAAAACGUCUUUUCUGCGAUACGGUCCAGUGAUACAACUGAAAGAUGUGUACAUCGGGGAUCGAGAUCCCAUGAAUCAGAUUUGUUGGGUUUACAAUCCGACGAGAAAUGAUGUUUCCUACUCGUUGAACGCAGACAUUUUGAACCGAUUCAAUAAACAUCAUCGUCUUGAAGUUUUUCGUUGUCUCAAUUCUUCUGGGAUUGUUAAAAAAGAGUCGUUCGAACCUCUGAUUCUUAAAUUUCGACCAAGACGAUUGGGAAUGUAUGAAGUCGCAACUUCACUGACGAUUGGCGACGAAACAAGAGAAAUAUCGAUUAGAGGCGAAUGCACCGAUGACCCAAUGACGAAAAUUACACGAGUCACGACUCCGCGAUACGAUCUUUUCCGAAUGAGCGAGAUUCCUGUUCAUUUCAACACCGACAACGUUAAUUUGCCUCCUUUGCCCUUACACAGUCGAAUUACGAGAAUAAUUAUGAUUCAUAAUCGUUUGGAACACGAACUCGUUGCCUACAAAUGGAAAAGAUACGAACUUCCAGGAAUAUUGGAAAUCGAUUUAGAGCCACGAACCGGAAGAAUACAGCCGGAGGCGUUACAAACUUUUCGAUUGACAAUAACAACGGGAGGAAAACCAUGCAGAAUAAAUGCUGAUGUUAUGUGCGAAUUUAUAAAUCAGAGUAAGAAACGAGCUUACGAGAGAAGCGUCAUAUUGCAGCAGAGUCUUUGCGAUCAAAUGAAAGAUUAUUUUAAGAUAACUGAGACGGGAAUGUCAUAUCCACAACCAACAACAGUUUUGCUUGAAGAACCUCAACCUUUUUGUAAGCUAUUAUCAGUACGAUGUUACAUGUAUAGUCCACAAGACGUAGAAUUAAAAACUGAGGGGAGAGAACGCUUAAAAGACACUCCUCCGAUUGAAACAACGAUUGGAAAACCAUCGAAAUUUUCCAUUCCGAAUAAUACUCUCCCUCUCUUGACCUUCAUACUCGAAGGCAUGAUUUGGGAUAUUUUACAAAACCCGAGCCUCUGCAAUCGUCCGAAACCAACAUUGAAGUAUUCGCAAAUAAAGUUAAAUCCGUUGGAACGCAAAAGAGUUCAGGAGCGAUCUUACACGACCCCAUCGUCAAGAAUGAUAGAAAAAAUAUUGGAGAAUAUGAUAUUUAUGAUCGUUCACAAAGAGUUUGCCCUGGACACGAUUCAUUUGAUACGCAAGUCCGACGCUAGACAAGCCACGUACCCAAAAAUAUGGCAACAGGUGCCGGGCCAAGAAGGGAGGUUGGAACAAAGCCCAGAAACUCAAUGACUCUCGUCGAACCAAUGUUUUGACGUAUUUAUUACGUUUUUUCUUUAUCAAUAAAAACAGCUUAUUGUAAUCGUUGAAAAAAGCAA